GUGACCGCAUUGCCGAAUUAUCAGCAAAUUUACGGAAAAUUAUUGCCUGAAAUUGUAAAAACUUAAAUUAUUGAAUCAAAAAUGGGCAGCACCUUUUUAAACAAGCUUUUGCUGAUUGCUGGCUUUGCCAGCUUAGCACAUGCCGCCUUUUCGGCAGCACACCAUCGCACGUACUUGCGGCUGACAGAGCAGGAGUGGAAUAGUUUGCCAUUGGAUUUAAUUCUGCAGACUGUCAUCAGUCUCGUGGUGGUUGUGUACAACAUCAUUGAAGUUGUGGGCCACUUCAAGGAGAUUCGUGCCACUGUGGACAUGCAGCAAAAGACUUGGGACACACUGGGCAACUUCCCGUCAUUCUACUCGUUUAAUCAUCGCGGACGCGCUCUGAAUCCGGGCUACACGCCACCCGAAAAGGUCCAAUAGGAGCCGCAGUGGCAUGGAUUGGAAACGCUGCGAGGCUCUUUAUUAGUUUAGUUUCGUGCAGUUACAAUAUAGAUUAUGCUAAACAAUGACCAAAUUACACACACCACAAAAGGUGGAGUUGCAGUAAA